AUGACUUUUGCCGACAGUGUUCAUCUCCUGACCCUCGAGGCUCGAGGUGUGCUGAGCCCGCCCGACCGAAUUCACACUCAGGCCAGACUCACUCCAGACAACCAGGAGCAGAGACCUUCCCGGAGGCGAGAGUGCAGAAAAGCCGUGUCUUCUGCGCCCAGUGAAUUUACGCUAGCUAAUGGGGCGCCCGGGCCGUGCCCGACUAUCCACAGGCGCCGACUCCGUCCGCGUGGCGCGCACCCCGGAAGAGCUCGUGGAGACCCGGAAGCGGCGGGAGCGCCGACGUCCCUGCUCUCGCGGGCUAGCCCUUCCCGCCCCGCCCACUUGCGAAGCGCCGGGGUUGUCGAAGCCUCGCGUCGCGCGAGACCUGCGACCGCGUCCGCGCCGCCCUCCCGCCCCGCAGCGGGUAGUUUCCCGCUUCUGAGUCCCUGCCGUUGGCGGCUGUUGGCGGCCGUUACCUCCCCGUUCCCGGGAGGAGCCCGAGCGGAUUUAGAGUCCUCGGAAGUCCGCCGUGCCGUCCGGCCACGUGGGAGGGAGCCACGGGCUCGCGAGGAGGCUGCGAGGCGAUCCACGACCUUUCGGGAUGUGAUGCUCACCCGGGAAGGGGCUGGGGGACCGCAGAGCCGUGACUCGCCCGGGACCCAGAGCAGAAGCUCCAGGUCGCUUCUGGCAUUUUACCUGCAAAAGCAGAUGAGCACACGAGCCCAGAGAGCUGAUUUCCCCCGGUCGCACAGCUGGAGAGCCCAGGAUGGCGUCUUGCUCAGUGCCAUACUCUGUGAAAAUUAUUGGGGAGACGGGCCAGAUUCUACAGAGCAUACCUCUGGACUUCUGUCCGCAGAAAGCAGUUUCUACACAGCUAACUUGGAACAGAAGGGAGAGGAAGUGAUGAAGAGGAUUAACACCCUGCUUCUAAUUCUGGCCACCUCAGAGGCUCUGCAGGGAAAAUCAGAAGUGACAGGAAUCCUGGAAGAGGGCCACCUGGCCAUCAGAAAAUUCCAGAGAGAUGUGGUCACUGCCAGACAUACAGUCGUGACCUGCUUCCUUAAGUGGUUAAGGGAUUUGAAGUCAGAGACCUGGCUGCUUUCAGACCAAGGGAUUUACUUUCUGAGUCUGCCUCCUCAUCCACAAAUCUCUGGAUUUACGCAGUGGUUCAGUUCCUUAAAACUGGCUGCUUUGUUGGUGUCUGACGCUGAGAGAGGACUCCACAGGAGCAUACUGAAGAUCUCCCACUUUUGCAAAAUACAUGCUAGGGGGACUGCAAGAUGGAACAGAGCUCUGAUUAUCCAUACUUAAUUAUUCAUGGCUGGUGUUAUCUAGUAUUAAUAAAGCAAACAAAUGCAA